AUGUUCGUAGGUCUCAUGGAUCCUAACGAUCCGAACGUUUACGAAUGGAAGAAAGCGAAGAACCACAUCCAGAUGCUUGGAUAUUGGGCCGAUGGUAACUGCGGCAUAAUGACAUGGUGUCCUUGUGGUGAGGAUUUGAUCCAAGAAGUUGUUGAUGGGACAAGAUACUACACAUGCGAGCAGUACAAGUACGACAGCGUCCUUCACGUUCGGAAGAGGUGGGAUACGGCUAUUGAAGAGGAAGUUCUUAGGCUAAAGGAUGAGAAUGAAGCGCAUACCAAGAAGAUUUGUGAACUUGGUGCUGAGCUUCACCUCGCUAAAAGGAAGGCUGAAAGGGAGGCUAUUGGAGAGGAGGUUGAGAAGCUGAAGGAGGAGAAUGCGGAGCAGGCCAAGAAGCUUCAUGAGCUCGGUGUUCAACAUGAAAAAACAAUCAACGAGGUAAGAGAGCUGUGGGACUCGAUUCUCAAUCUCAGUUGCGGGUGUUCAAACUGCAAGGAUGAAGUCAAGAAGACGGUGGGUGUGUUUGGUCUCUAA